AUGGAUACUCAUACCACCACCCAGACCCAGACCCCUGAUUCCACUACUGAACCAGUAGCAGGUCUAGCAUGGUCAGCUCUCCUCGGAGAAAACAACUGGGCCGGCCUCCUGGACCCGCUGGACGUCCACCUCCGAACCCUGAUCCUCCGCUGCGGCGACUUCUGCCAGGGCACCUACGACGCCUUCAACAACGACGCCAACUCCAAGUACGCCGGGUCCAGCCGCUACGGCCACGCCAACUUCUUCGACAAAGUCAUGCUCCAAGACGCCGCCAACUACGAGAUCGCCUUUUUCCUCUACACCACCGCACAAGUCAGCGUCCCAGAGGCCUUCCUCCUCCACUCCAUGUCCCACGAGUCGUGGGACCGCGAGUCUAACUGGAUCGGCUACGUCGUCGUCACCACUGACCAGUACAGCAAGUCCAUCGGCCACCGCGAAAUCUACGUCGCCUGGCGUGGCAACACCCGCAACUACGAGUGGGUCAAUGUGCUUGGUGCCGAGCUCGUAUCGGCCGAGCAACUGCUCAGGCCGGAGAACAACAACACAGUAAACAAGACCAACUCCUCCAUGAAUGAGCUGCUUCCGACGUCCAUGUCCGAUCGCCACCGAGGUUGA